AUGAUGUCAACCGAUAGAUAUGGUAAUCCAAGACCAAUGCCUGUUGAUAUUGUUGAUAAACUAAUUGGCUCUGGUCGUUGGCAAUUAUUAUUAACAGUACUAUUAAGUUUUUGUACAUUUACACAUAUGUUAAAUACUGGAACUGAAGCAUUGAUGCGUCCAGAUGGUUGGUGGUGUAAAAAGCCAACAUUUUUAAAUAACUGGACAAAUGCCCAGUGGAUUAGUUACAGUCACAGUUCAGAUUCAUGUGUUGGUGUUUGUAACAGAAAUCUGUGGGACCAUCAAGUUCUCGCUGAUGGUCAUUUUCAAGGUUGUGAAAUUUAUGAUAUUGAUUAUAAAAUUUUGAUUGAUGUGAAUUACAAUGACAGACCACCAAUGACAACAAAUAAAAAAAUAACUUGUCCAUAUGGCAUUUAUUACAGUUCACUUGGUGGUCAAAGUCUUGCUCAAAAGUUUAAUAGAGGAUGUUUGGAUGGAAAAGUAAUGUCAAAUAUGUGGCAAUCAUCAAGUACAUUUGGUAGAAUAAUUGGUUACAUAUUUAUGGGAAUUCUCGGUGAUUGGAUUGGUAGAAAACCUGUUAUACUUAUCUCAUGUGGUCUUGCACCAAUAACAGCUUUAAUUGUUGCACUAUCAAAUACAUAUAGUCUUUUUGUUGUAUCAAGUCUUAUCAAUGGUUUUUUUGACGGUGGUUUUUCUCUGCCACUUGUUCUCAUCAUGGAAAUAAGUACAAAUGAACACAGGUCUGGUUUACUUGUCAUUGGCUGUUGUUGCUUUGCCCUAGGAAUCGGUUUAACACCGUCAAUUAAUAAUUUAUUUCAUUCAUAUGAUUUGAUGGUAGUUUUGUUAAACACAACUCUCCUUGCAAUAUUUCCGUUCAAAAAUAUAAUCCCCGAAUCACCAAGUUGGCUAUUUUGUAAAAAUAAAUUACCUGAACUAAAAAGUAUAUCAUUAUUAUCAUCAAAAAUGAAUAAAAAAAAAGUAACAAAUUAUGAUAAUUAUCGUAUAAUUUAUUAUGGUCCAGAAAGACAUAAAUUACCAAAGAAAAAAUUAAAUUUGUGGAAUUUAUUAUUCGAGCCAGAGACAGCAUGUGAAAUAAUGGGAUUGAUAUAUUUAACUGGUUUAUUUGCACUGAUAUUUGGAUCAUCAUAUUAUUCAAUAUUAGCAAAUGUUACAAAAUCACAAUUAGCAAAUUAUUUGUUGGCAAUAUCAACAAUGAUUGGUACAUCAACUGGACAAUUUUGUUUGUUAUUGAUGGGACAUAGAAAAAUAUUGUUAAUAUCAAUUUUAAUGUUGUUGAUAAGUUCAUUGAUGUUACUGAUUGAUUUUCACAAUGAUAAAGUAUCUGAUACUGGACCAAUAGCAACAUUUCUUUUGAUAAAUAUUGCUGUUGUUAGUUUGAGUUAUGGUGUGCUACUUAAUUAUAAUACAAGAACAGUACCAACAUUAUUACGCGGCAGUUUAUCUGGUAUUUUACGUGGUACUUGGGGACUUUUUGUCUGGAUCGGUAAUCAUGAUUAUGUUAAAUUUCCAACAACUGCAUUUGGUAUUAUAAUGGCUUGUGUUCUUGCAACAUUAUUUUGUCUCAAUAUACAAGAUUUAUAUCAUCGUGAAUUGCCGGAUACUAUGUCAGACUCCAUCAACUUCAGACUAAAAUCAAAACCAAAACGAUGGAAAAUUGAAGAAUUUAAUGAGUAAAUUUUUAUAUAUUUAUAAGAAAAAUUAAUUAAUAAAGUAAAAAAAAAGAAAUGUUUUAU